CAAAAAGACAUUAAUCUGCCACCAACCAAUCCAGAGCUGGCGUCCUGCACGUUGGCCAAUCAGGCUCUGUGCACGCUGCAGCCUUGUCCAGUCCAGGCCCAGCAGACCAACGCUGGUCAUCAUUAUCAAGAGAGUGCCACAUCUGUGCAAGGUAGCUUGUUUUUAUAAUCAGAGAGCGAGAAGCAGACUUUGAGGGCAAUUUCUCUGCAGGGAGUAGGACUGGGUUAAAGGUGGCCAGACGCAUGGUGUUGACUUUGGAGUUGCAGCACAAAGUAUGGAACAAAACAGGUGAAAGUUGAGGAGGAGAAAUUCGACAGCUCGAACUGACUUAAGAAAUAACUUCAGGAAGAUCUUCGUCUUGUUCUGGAGGGCAUUCCCAAAGUGGAUCACACCAAAGCUGGCCUUGGAUGUGAGAUCCUCCCGGCCAUUAAAUAUUAAAUAUUCACCCUGGAUCCAUCGUUAUCGGACAAAGACGUAGGACACGCGCUGGUUCCCAUGGAGCCCAACCUGUCUGGGUCUUUCCUCUUCAACAACGGUUUGAAUCAGUUCCCAACAGAUAUCAAGGCACCCGUGUGCCAGUACUCUAUGCCCAACAGCUUCUACAAGCUCGCACCUGGAAACCUGAAUGCCCAGCUGCAGGCGGGCACACCACAUGGGAUCAGUGACAUCCUGAGCCGGUCUGUAAUGGGUGGCCCGGCCAACACCGCGCUGCUCUCAGGAUAUUCCAGCAUGGGGGGUUUCAGUGGCACCGUGCCCACUCCAGGGGUGUAUUAUAACCGGGAUUACACCCCAACAACUUUGAGUGCUUUUCCAAAACCUAGCGAGUGCCCAGGCAUAAAGGGACGCACCAGCUGCUGGGUGGAGGGAGGCUACGACUGGAGAGGAGGAAGACAACAGUGCAGCAACAUAGACAGUGGGCAUCCCGGUGAGACAGUGGGCAGAAAGAAACACACACGGCCCACUUUCAGCGGGCAUCAGAUCUUCGCCCUGGAGAAAACCUUCGAGCAGACCAAAUACCUAGCGGGACCAGAGAGAGCGAGACUGGCGUACUCACUGGGCAUGACCGAGUCACAGGUCAAAGUGUGGUUUCAGAACCGGCGCACUAAGUGGCGUAAGAAGAGCGCGUCCGAGCCGAGCUCCACUCAAGCGUCCAGGACCGAGAGACAGGGCGCCUCAGACACCGAGCUCGAGGACGAGGAGUACAACAAACCUCUCGACCCCGACUCGGACGACGAGAAGAUCCGCCUGCUGCUGCGCAAACACCGCAGAUCGUUCUCAGUUUUACGCCUGGGGCCACAUCAUGUCUGACACACACACACACACACACACACACACAUCCAUACACACACACAUCUGGAAGUGUAUAUGCCAUAAUGUUUACAUGCUCAAUAGUAAAAGAUACGCACACACAUUUACAUACAGUACUGUGCAAAAGUCUUGAGCCACUCUCAAUACCAUUUCUUCAUAUUAAAUUAAAUGGGAACAAUAUUUUGCUGUAAUAGCCUGUUUAUGUACCAACCUCAGCAGCAGCCUCAUUUCCCCUCUCGUCUGAUCACUAGUAUACAGUACUAACCACCGACCUGAUCAUCUGCACCUGUUUCUCACUGAUUCAUGCCUUAAGUUAGAUGUUUUUUGCUUGAAUGAUUCAUAGAUUGCUGUGUGGUUUAACAAACAAACCAAAAAAAAAAAAAAAAAA